GACGGCGGCCCCGCCCCGGUGUCGGCAUGGCGGGCUGGGGGAGGCUGGCGAGGCUCGGCGGGCGGCUCUGGGCGGCCGCGGCGGCGCCGAGGGUUCCCGGCCACAGGGGACAGCUGGGCUUUCUAGUCAGGCACACUAAUAGUGCAACGUGGUGGCACGAGCAUCUUUCUGAAGAGAAUGUGGAGUUCCUGAAGAAGAUAACUGCGGAGGAAUACAAAGCUCAGACAGCCAGCAAGCUCUGCCCUCUGAAAGAUGAGCCUUGGCCACUGAAUGAGUGGACACCAGAUUCCAUCAGAGUUGGUGUUGUUGCAGUAAAACUGGGAAUGAUGCCAAUAUGGACCAAGUCAGGAAAAAAACAUGCUGUCACAUUACUUAAGGUGCAAGAUUGUCAUGUUUUAAGAUACGUUUCAAAGGAAGAUUCGGGUGGAAAAACAGCUAAGCUGCUUGUUGGAGGCAAAAACGUAUCUCCUUUUUCUAAACCAGAGUCUGCACAUCAGAUUUUUAAAGAAGCUGGAGUACCACGAAAGCAGAAAGUUGCAACAUUUAAUGUAACAGAUGAUGCCAUAAUUAAGCCAGGUACUCCUUUGUAUGCUGCUCACUUCCGCCCAGGGCAGUUCGUGGAUGUUACUGCAAAAACAAUUGGUAAAGGAUUUCAAGGUGUCAUGAAAAGGUGGGGAUUUAAAGGUCAGCCUGCGAGCCACGGCCAGACAAAAACUCACAGAAGACCGGGAGCAAUAUCUACUAAUAAAGCUUCCAAAGUUUAUCGCGGAAAGAAAAUGCCAGGUAAAAUGGGUAACGUCUACAGGACAUGUUUUGGAUUAAAGGUGUGGAGGAUCAACACAAUACAUGACAUUAUUUAUGUAAAUGGCUCUGUUCCAGGUCACACAAAUUGUCUGGUGAAGGUCAGAGAUAGCAAAUUGCCUACUUGCAAGGAAUACAAUAAAAACCCUCCGUUCCCUACGUUUUUUGCUGAUGGAGAUGAAAAACUACCAGAAGACCUUUUUGAUGAGGAAAUCUUCCAGUUCACGGAUCCAUCUGUCACGUAUACAUAAUGUUCUUCACAUCUUUGAAAACACACAGUUUCGUUAUUUUCAUGAACUUUGCAAUUCUGUAUGAAAGAAAACCUAUGAAUUGCAGUCUGGCCAACUGACUUAAACACUUCAGAUAUUGCCAUUUUGGUCAGGUAAUUGGAUUUCCCACCGUCAGUUUCAAACCUGUACUUAAAGCAACCGGUGAAUCUGAGGGACAGGUUGUAGAGCACACCAAAUAGCAUGUCUUCAGUGAGCUUUUGUCCUUUGCCUCAGGCUGUGAAAACUUACUCAUUUCUGAAAAACUGUUGUUUUGAGAUGGUUCCAGUUCAUUUUCUAAAUGCUAACAAACUCUGUUUCUUUCUUAUGUAAAGUAUUCUGGGCAACUCUGAUCAAUCAAAAAAACGUUCCAAAUCUGCCUUAGCAUCUAGGGGAGGAGAUGUGUGGGGAGAGAAGGCGGGGGAGAUCUGUGAAGAAUAAUCCAAAAUAAAACAAGAAAACACAUUGCUCUGCAGCAGCACAAGCUUGUUUUGCUUCCUUCUUUUCACCAGAGCUCCUUUUCUUCUUUUGCUUUAACAUUGUGUUGAGUUAAUGGUAGCAGAUACCCAACAAAUUUUCUAGAGGGAGGAUGAUGCUGGCCAUGUGUAGGGUGAGGGGGUGUUCGGAUGGGAAACGUUCAGUAACAAAGCAGCACUAAGACUGCAGGGGCCACCUGUUUGUCAUCUUUGCUAACAGCUUGUUCUGAACUUCGCAGAGGGUCCCUUGAAUGCUCUCUGGAGAAAUAUCUCCACGCCUACCAUUGUCUCUGUAUUGGAUUCUUAAGCUGUUACAGGAGAGCUAUUAUUAAGAAAGCAGGUAAAAUGUGAGGGAUUUGUCUUAAUGAUAGUGCUCAUUUUUCUUCUACCUGACCUUUCAGUAGUAGCUGGAGUCAUUACACUCCUUUUAUUUUUCAUCUUGUGUGAUUUACUAUUUAUAAGUUUGAUCUUUUGAACACUGUAAAUCCUCUCACCUACAGCAGUAAGUACCUGCCUGUCUGUACCAUCUGAGCACUUACAAGUCCUACAGUAGUUCAAGAAUUUACAUACAAAUUACCAUUAAUACUGUGGCAGUGCUUCAACACAAGACAUCAAAUACCUAAAGUAAAUGAGAUUUCUCAAGACCUUACUAAUACUACCCAAUUUAAAAGGUGACAUCCGUACCUUUGUGGUGACUUCCAAUCACUGAAGAUGUUUUAUUUUUUUUUUGUGAUUGCUUGAAGAAACCACAUACCAUCUUAUAAGAGCUCUGUAUAGCUGCUGACUUGUAGUAGACUGAGAGUGAUCAUUUGAGACUGUAGUAUGGAAAUAUGAACUGGUGUAUCUGCAUUGUAGGCUAUCCUCUUUGCUCAAUUCAGUUGAAUAUAAAAUGUGAUUCAAAUAAGUGCACCAGAAUGCUGAAGAAACAGCAGCCCCUUCAUGCUUCCCCUUCCCAUCAGUCACACCAGUUCUGCAAGUGCAGACACACACACACAGCACACCUGAUGCAAAAAGCAGGUAGCAAAUACCAAGUGGGGUGUUGUGUUUUGGCUGUGAUACCAGUAGUGAGUGACACCUCUCACCUGUUUCAGAUAGUUGCUGUUUCCUGGGGAGGAGAUUGGUUUUCAAUCUCCUGAUUGCAAAAUAGAUUUUUAAAGUUGCAGCUUUUCAAGUUUGCUUGUUGUGGAACACACGUAAAUCAGGGAGUGUCCAGAUAUGUAGCCCACUGUUCUGCUCAGGUUUAGGGGAUAAUUCUGACACACACAUGCUUUCCUUGAGGAGCUUUGUUGUUGGUUUUUUGUUUUACUUGGUAAUUGAUCCUGGACUAUGACAGAGAUGACCAUACAGAGAGAUAUCUUUUCCUAUUUGGUUUCUCAGCCAGAAUAUCCUGGAUGUGGGAUCCUCUCCUGUGACUAAUUGUAUUUUGGGUUUGCUUUCAGCGUAUGCCUUGCAAAGUCCAAAGAAUCAGUUGUGAGCUCAAAGGGAGCCACAGGUUUAUAAAAGUAAAUUAAGGUGAGCUCUGUAUCAGGUAUUAUUUCAGUGUGAGGGGAAAAUUGACAACCUACUUCAAUUCCAGUUUCUUUAGUAAGAGAAUAACUUCUCCCUUUUUGGCAUAAACAGUGACAUUCCAAUGAUCUGUUCACGUUACUUUUUAGAUUCAUUGUCCAGGAGAUGACUGCAGUCAUUCAGGGAAUUCUGUACUUAAUGUUGCCUUCCCUUUGUUCAGUUUUAAAAUUUCUGUUGAAACGUAGAUACUGUCAGAGUAGUCUUUUCAGUUUUACUUUUGAAAUGCAUGAUGGGUGUGAGCCAUAUGAUUUUUUCAGAUGCUGCUUAUGCAGGUCUCUUUUUUUGUUGAGGUGUGCAAGUGAAACGUUUUCCAUCUUAGUUUAUCAAGAGUGCUUGAACACCAAAGACAAGAGCUGUCAUAGCUCAAGUAAAGACUGAUGUCCCAAAGGUAAGUAUUUUCAGUAGAGCAAAUGCAGUGAGAUGGAUAAGAUCUGUCAAUGUGAGUUCAGAGUAGUGCAAUAUAGAUUGGAACAUAAACAUCCAUUAGACCUGUUCUUCCAUCAGGCGCUGAAAGGCUUAUGGUGUUUUGUAUUUAAUUUUCCUUAUACUCCCCAUCUCUGUUUACUGCUUUCCUGACUAACGAAGGGACUUGGAGCCAGAGAAAGGCAGGCUGAAUUUAUUUCAAGGAGCAAAACUGUUCAGAAGUGUAAUGGUACCAAAUGCUUUAAGCCCAUCUACAAAUUUGUUCUUAGAAAAGGGUGCUUGAUGAACUAUUUUUAGACAUUAUCAAAGGUGCUGGAGCUGAGUAUUCUUCUUCAAUGUGGCUGAAGGUUGUGGCUAAUCGAGCAGAUGUGCUUUUAAGAGUCAUAUAAAAGCAGACAAAAGUAGGCAAAUAUCAGGUCCUCAUGUCUCAGAUAAGUCAGCAGUUUCUCAUGCAAAAGGAUGUGUUAACUUUACUGAAAAGGCAAACUAAGGGCUCUGUUGCAAGUAGAUACCUGUGUGUUUUGUUGCUGUGUCUUGAGUAAUGAAAGUUUAGAGCCGUCAGGCAAGCAAGAACAGCAACAAUAAAAAUAAGUUCUUAUUCCAUAUUACCUGUAGAUUAUUAAAGAAGAAGGACCUGAACGUGUAACCAGAAGUCUGAAUCCUGUAGGACAACAUCCUAUGUUGCAGUCUGGCUGAGGAAGUAAUUGUUGGCAAGCUCUAUUACCUCAACUUGUGAAGACUGCCAUGAGGUCUCCCCAGAGACUUCUCAUCUUCAGGCUGAACAACCCCAGCUCUCUCAGCCCAUCUCCAUAGUGCUUCACGGUGCUCCAGCCCUCUAAGCAUCUUUAUGGCUUUUCUCUGGACUCGCUCUAGCAGUGAGUUCUGUGUCCUUCUUGUGGUGUGGGUGAGGUGCUGAGCUGGGGUCUGCAUGUCCAGGAGCUCGGUACGCCCUCCUUAGGCUGUUCUGUUUGUUCAGGUUAGCGGGGUGGUUUUAACAUCACUAACAUGAUCCUUUGGAGGAGGAUGUAGGGUUAAGCUUUAGCUGUACCUGUGGCUUUAUGGCAUGACUGCUCUGAAAAAUGAAUUCUCUUCAAUAAUAACCCCUCUCAGUGGUUCUGUAGUAGUACAUGAAUAAACAGUGUCAAGCUUACAAUAUAAGUUGAAAGUAAAAAGACAGCAGGAAGAGGAAAUCAAAACACUCGUCUAUCACUUGACAACAUAAUUGCAGUCAUUGAUGAUAAACAGGGAGAGUUUAUUUCUCUUCAGAUACAAUACUUUUACGUACCAUUGCUCUGUCAUUAUAUGAGACCAAUAACCAUUUUUGUUUACCAUUUUCA